AUGGCGACUGAACAUAACCAUGGACACGCUCGUGUCCCUAACACUCUUGAGUGGCUUGCCAAGACUAAGAGGGGCGAUUACCUUGUUCAAGUAGCAUGGCCUUUGUGUUGGGGUGAGGAUCGCGUUGCUGCCGAGGAUGAGAAGGUCAAUUUGGUCUAUCUCGUUGAUGGGAACGCCUAUUUCUUCACAGCUGUCGAUGUCUCUCGUCGCUUGGAGUACUUGAAUAGCACAAGAACAGUCAUCGUUGGGAUUGGGUAUCCUCCAUCGAAAUAUGUCUAUGACUUCCGCCGUGGUCCAGAUCUCACCCCCAAAUGCGACGAGUAUGACAUGCCUCUUGACAGACAUGGCAAGCCUCGCACCGAUAUCUCAUUCGGUGAGGCUGAGGAAUUUCUUGACUGGAUGAAGGCCGACGUAAUGCCUUAUGUUGAAAACAAGCUCUUCCCCAAGGCCAAUCUCCACACCGGUCGCAAGGCCUUGUACGGCCAUUCUUACGGUGGCAUCUUCGCUCUCAACACAAUGUUCACAGAACCCGAGCUCUUUAACAGUUACUUAAUCGGCAGUCCUGUCAUUUGGUGGAACAAGGACUUCUUGAUCCGCGAGCCUGAGAAGACCUUCCUUGCGCGCGACAAGCCUGUUAACCCUCCAUUUUCGUUGGCGCUCACAUGGGGGACUGGCAAGGGCGACUUGGUGAGGGAGCCGGAGGAGACGGAUGAGGAGUGGUGGAAGCGACAGAAUUGCGCGGAACAUGAUCAAAUGAGGGAAACCGCACAGGCAAUGGCGUCGCGAUUGGAAAAGAGUCCAAGUGUCAAGAAGAUUUGGACGCGUGAGUUUGAAGGUGAGGACCAUGGAAGUGUGGCUGUUACUGGUCUUCAGCAGAGUCUUAUGCAAUUCAUUCUCGGAAAGAUAUAA